CUAACAAAAAAAAAAUAAAUAAAAACAAAUACACCAGUUCCGAGUUGAAUCAAAAUUCUAAUCCAUACUCUGACCUGUCUAACAUCCAGGUCAAAGUAUGUAAUUUAAAAACUCCACCCGACAGACCCAAACUCAGACACUAAUAAACCCGGUUCCAAUGUCAUGCGGUCAGACCAGGAAAUUCUGCGUCGGCUCAGUUCUCACCUCCCCUUACGACGACAACCAACCAAACAAACAAACAUUAAAAAAAAUAGAGAGAGAGAGAGAGAGAGAGAGAGAGAGAGAGAGAGAGAGAAAGGCCUGAAAAGGAUGUGGGUCCCACUCCGACUUCCUCCUCGUGCUCUGUCCUGUGCCGUUGCCAUCUCCAUCUGUCUCUUGCCGUCCUUUUUAACUCGUGACGGACCUCAUCGCUCGUCUUGCGAUUCCAACGGCGAUCCAAGAUCAUUAGAAAAAAAGAAGGCUCGCUUUGUCUCGCCUCGCCUUUCCCCUCCCGCUGUCUCCUUUUCUCUCUCAUGACCCUUCUUCCCCCACGAUGCCAUCCCCUCUCCGCAACGGCGACGCACCCCCUCCCCGCCUCCCCUCACCCGCCGUCGGCCGCCACCCCCAUCACUUCCACUCCACCGUCUCCGAGCAGAAGAUCCGCCGCCUCAACGCGCUUAUCCUCCUCCUCCGCCUCGCCGCCUUCUGCUUCUCCCUCGCCGCCGCCAUCUUCAUGGGCACCAACACCUCCCGCUCCCCUGGUUCCCCUUCCUGGCUCCACUUCCACCCCUUCAGGCUCGUGUUCGCGGCGAACGCCAUCAUGGCCGCCUAUUCCUUGUUCGCGAUGGGGUUUUCCAUCUCGGAGAUCCUAAAGGGCGCCACCCUCUUCCCCGAGCCCCUCCAGCUCUGGUUCGACUUCGCCCACGACCAGGUUUUCUCGUACCUGGUGCUGGCGGCGGAGGCGGCGGGGACCGUGGAGGCCCGGGGGCUGGUGGGGGCGCACGUGUGCACGGCGGAGAGCGCCUUCUGCGUGCAGGCCUACAUCUCCGUCGCUCUCGGCUUCGCCGGAUUCGUCUUCCUUGCCCUUUCCGCGCUCGUCUCCGGCUUCCGCGUCGCCUGCUACGUCAUCACCGGCUCUCGGUUCCACCUCUAGGACGGUCACUUCUCCCUCGCUCGCUCGUCAAAUGGCCUUCCAUCACCUGACUGACGUGGCAGCAGUAGACUGGUGCACUACACGGACGAGCUCCGCCAAUCGCUCAAGCAAUCGCCGAACGGUAGACGAUGAACUGAACGGUGAUCUGAUAUGAUCUCUAGUUUUUUUUAUAAUAAGUUUUUGUAGAAGAGUGUUUUUUUCCGAAUCUUUGAGUCCAUCGUGCGGUUGUGAUCCCCUUCGAUCCGAAAGACGAAGGCUCCACUAAUUUUGUGUAGAUAUAUUGUUUUAAUCGCUCGUCACCUGGUCUGUACAAAAUGUGAUCCUGGGAGUUCAAUUUGAAAUAUUUUCUUUGGUACAAAAAAAAAA